CCCCAGCCAUGCAGAAGACCAGCUACUACGACACCUCCCCGCUCUUCGGGGCUUACUCCUACCCGGGGGCCAACGGCUUCGGUUACGAGGGCCCUUCUCCGCAGCCCUUCCAGCCCGCGGCCCACGUGGAGAGCGAUUACCAGCGGCCCGCCUGCACUCUCCAGUCUCUGGGCAACGCGGCCCCGCUGGCCAAGGCGAAGGACCUGAACGGGAGCUGCCUGCGCCCCAGCCUGCCUCAGGAGCACCACCCGCCCCCGCCCGUCUCGCCGCCCACCAACCCCGUCUCCGCCACCAGCGGCAGCGGCAGCACCACGUCCAACAGCACCGGCGGCAGCAAUAACCAUACCCAGGCGGGGGGGGUCAAAAGUGUCCCCAGCAAAUCCAGCCUGGCUUCUAGUAACGCCGCCCUCACCAAGCAGAUUUUCCCCUGGAUGAAAGAGUCGAGGCAAAACGCCAAGCAGAAAAACAGCUCCCCUUGCGCAGAAAGCUGCAGCGGCGAGAAAAGCCCUCCGGGCUCCUCGGCUUCCAAGAGGGCCCGCACAGCUUACACCAGCGCCCAGCUGGUCGAGCUGGAGAAGGAAUUCCACUUCAACCGCUACCUUUGCAGGCCGCGCCGAGUGGAGAUGGCCAACCUGUUAAACCUCAGUGAGCGGCAGAUCAAAAUCUGGUUCCAGAACCGGAGGAUGAAAUACAAAAAGGAUCAGAAGUCAAAAGGCCUCGGGUCAUCCUCGGGGGGGCCUUCCCCCACUGGGAGCCCGCCCCAAGCCCUGCAGUCCUCUGCAGGCUUCCUGAACGCCCUGCACCCCAUGACUUCGAACUAUGAAGCUCCGUCUCCGCCCUCCUUCAACAAACCACACCAGAAUGCCUACGCCAUGCCCACUGCCUACCAAAACUCCAUCAAGGGAUGCCCCAGCCAACAGAAGUACGCCAACACGGCACCUGAGUACGAUCCUCACGUCUUACAGGGUAAUGGGGGUGGCAGCUAUGGCCCCCCCAAUAUGCAAGGCAGCCCAGUCUACGUGGGUGGCAACUACGUGGAUUCUAUGCCCAACUCUGCCUCGUCGCUUUACGGGCUGAACCCCCUUCAGCAUCACCAGCCCCCCAGCAUGGAGUACAACGGGGGCCCCCAGAUGGGUUCCAACCAGCACCACGGGCCUUGCGAGGCUCACCCGACCUAUACGGACCUUUCUUCUCACCACGCUUCUACUCAGGGUAGAAUCCAAGAGGCGCCCAAGCUGACCCAUCUGUGAUGAGGGGCAGGGCAGACUCGGUGGGGAGUUAACAGAGAAGGGAGGCGGACAUGGGGUUGGUGAGUCGGUGGAUAGACUGGUUGGUUGAACCGUGGGCUUUCUUUGCAAAAGAGAAUGGACACACAAACAUUUGUGUUGAAACCCUUUAUGAAACCCUAAAUCUGUUGCUUAAGGGGCACAGUUUAUUCAUGCUGUGUCUUGCCAUUCUUGCCAGCUUGAUUGGAGUGGCUCCCCUAAGGUGAAAAAGAGCUUAGGAGGCUUAUGGUUGUGCCCUGCUCUUUGAGGUGGGAAGUAUUCCCACCUCAAAGAAAGGUGAAGGCAGUUGACAGCCUGGUGUCCUUCAUGUGGUUGAGAUAACAGUCCUCAGAUUAAAACAAACAAAACCUAGGGCUCCUGAGCCCCUGGUUGAGUUCUAGAAGGCCCUAUUGUAAGCCCAGGCUAGGGAUGGGCAGACUAGUGGAACCCAAAAGUGUGAAAAAGUCAAUAAGAUUGUGGGAAUCAACUUCCAUUUUCCUCAGCGUGAGAACUUACUUUGAGAAAUGCAUCUUAAACCCACUUCAUCAUUUGUGUUCUAAUCCACUUUAGGCGGAGGGAGUAGAGAGGGGGUCAGAGUGAACUUGUGCUUUCGUGGACACAACUUUUGCAGGUUUUGUGAGUAGACAUAUGGGAGCCAUGUUUUUAACUGCUCAAGAUAACAUCUUGAAUGGCACAGCACGUUUCCAUGAGAUACUAGCUCUCCACAGGCAGGGUGGAGGUGUAUUAUAAAUCAGGAAGCAUUGUUGCAAUCUAACGACAAGCUGAAGAACUUUCCCAGCUCACUGUGCCACAGGAGAAGGUAACUUCAUGCCUUUUAUAUUUUUGGACAUCAGCUCCCAUCAGCCCUGGUCAGCUAAUAAACACAAAGGGUUGUGGAUUAUCUAGAGAGCAACAGAUUGCCUACCACUGUUCUACCACCCCCUUUUGCAUAACUGGUAGAAUUUUUAUUACUCCCAAGUAAAUCUCUGUCAAGGGGAAUUCCAUUGAAAUAAUCUGAAUGGCAAAAGGAGUCACCAUUCUCUCUGUUCAUGGGUCACAUUCCCAAUCAUGCAGGCAGUGAGGAUUCUUAAUGAAAUUAGGAGCAAAUAUUCCAAUCACGUGUAUGUGUCCAGACCACAAAACUGUAGCCCAUUUAUAUGCAACAGAUGCCUUCCUUAAAUAUAGAUUGAUUAUCGAUACAUUCAUUAAGCCUCCGAUCUGAUGCCCACUUCCAUUGCAGGAGGAAGGGUGUGGAUGUGUGUAAGACUGCCCCAUGAAAAAGACCUGCUGAAACCACUGUUGGAUGGACACAAUCCAAAAAACAACGGUAGCUGCCAUUUAUUUCAAUGCAGUUUGUGCAAGAGAAUUUUCUGCUGAAAGUUGUCUAGCUGUAGAAUUUACUUCCAUUUAUUUCAAGUAUUUUCUUUUCUUAGAAGUAUGCAAAUACUUUUGUUUACAAUUAUAGAAGGGUAUAUAGGUGUUUGGAGACAAUCAGCCACACAGGAACGUAUACUUACACAGACACACAAGCACACAGGGACUCAGUCAAAUCCAUUUUGAUAAGGGGGAAAGGGAGAUGUCACUAGUGAAUUUCACCCCUUUUAAAAAGUCCUUUUGAGAAUCUAUUUCAGAUUUGCAUUUCACACAUAUAUUUGUCCUGAGGUUUCGACACAAAUGUUUCGAAUGUAGAAAAAAAAAGUCCUGGUUAUUCUGAAUCUUAGAAAUUCAUUGAAAUAGACAAUUUCUCUUACUUUUUAAAAGAAAAAAAAUCAUACAACAUGCACAAAAAGCUCUGGGUGUGGAUCUUGAAUACACCUCAAUAUUUCUUAUAUCUAUCACCCUUCUCCCUUAGCUAAAUGCUAAUCUAUUGCAAUUCUUAAAGGUUUAUUUUAUAAAGAAGAAAGGGAGAUCUAAGGUAUUGAAUGGAAAGCUGUCUUUUUCCAUUCUCAGUGCACCUCCACCCAUCUGCAAACUGUUGAACAGGCUCCCCGCCCCCUUGGCCAGUUUCCUUCACCAACCCAACACUCCAUUAUCUGCAGAAAUGCAUCCUUACAAAUUCUUCACUGCUAUAUUCCACUCCCUCCUCUUUAAUUUCAUCAGAGUUUUUUUCCAGAAUUGGGCAGCGGAGUGAUUCUUUUGCCAAUUAAUUUUAACAGCAAAAUUGAGCUUGCUUAUACAAAUAAAAGUCUAACAUCUGGAAGGAGAAAAAUGGAGACCUCCCCCUUGUCCUUCCUAGGGAAAUGAUUGCCUACCCUUCUUUUUACUUUUAUUUUAAGGUUGGUUAAGGGCUGGGGGACUCUCUCACAUCUAAGAUGUCUUUGCGUUUGUUUGUGUAACUUCUCUUGAACGUGAAAACAGGGUAUAUUUGAUCAGAAACUGUUAUGUCCUCCAAAUGGAAGCGAAGUAAAGGAUCCUUUUGGGGAGGGGACUUCUUUACUGGCGCCUCUUCUUUGGCCUGACAUUCUUUCUUGCACUUAGAGUUUACAUUUUAAUGGCUAUAUAUACCAACUUUUGAAGGACACACAUUGGAAUACGAUUUUCAAUGGAGGUGUGCCAUG